CUUUUUCAGCAGCAAGCCCUCGCGGGGAGUCUGGCAGGGCCCGGCAGUGCCGCAGAGACAGACCCAUUCAAGAGGCAGCAGGGGCUGCCACCCACAGGAGGAAUGCCCCCUGCCCCUCAGGCCACGCAGCUCACCGGGCAGAAGCAGAGCCAGCAGCAGUACGACCCUUCCAGGCCUCCUGUGCAGAACGCCGCCAGCUUGCACACUCCGCCUCCGCAGCUGCCUGCCAGGCUGCCCCCCGCCGGUGUCCCCACUGCAGCCCUCCCGUCUACACUGCAGUAUCCGCAGCAGCCACAGGUGGUAGAGGCUCAGACACAGCUUCAAGUCCCGCUGAAGACUCAGCAGCCAAAUGUUCCUGUCCCCGCGCCUCUCCCCAGCCAGCUCCCUCUUCCUCCUCCACAGCCCAUGCAGCCGGCCCUGCACAUCCCGGUGCCUGGGAAGGCCCAGAUACAGGCAGCUCAGCUUCCAUCCCAGCCACAGACAGUGGCAUCCACACGGCCACCCAUGGACUCUGCCCAGCCCUGCCAGCGGCCUCUGCCCACUUCCUCGUCUACCUCGUCCCUUGCACCUGUGAGUGGCCUAGGCUCAGGACCCCUGCCUGCGCGGUCAUCACCAGUGAACAGACCUUCCUCAUCAACCAACAAGGCGCUGUCUCCUGUUGCUUCCCGGUCUCCAGGGGUGGCUGUGUCAGCCGCACCCAAACCACAGAGCCCUGCUCAGAACGCUGCCUCGUCCCAAGACAGUUCUCAGGAAAAGCUCGCAGAACAAAUGACACUGGAAAACCAGAUCCACCAGCGGAUUGCAGACCUAAGGCGAGAAGGCCUGUGGUCUCUGCGGCGGCUGCCAAAGCUGCAGGAGGCCCCCCGGCCCAGGUCCCACUGGGACUGCCUGCUGGAGGAGAUGCAGUGGAUGGCCACAGACUUCGCCCAGGAGAGGCGGUGGAAGGUGGCUGCUGCUAAGAAGCUCGUCAGAACUGUGGCACGCCACCAUGAGGAGAGGCGGGUCCGCGAGGAGAGAGGCAAGAAGGAGGAGCAGAGCAGACUGAGGCGCAUCGCUGCAUCGACUGCCCGAGAAAUAGAGUAUUUUUGGUCUAACAUUGAACAGGUUGUCGAAAUAAAACUACAAGUAGAAUUAGAAGAAAAAAGGAAAAAGGCCUUAAAUUUACAGAAAGUUUCCAGAAAAGGGAAGGAGUCGAGACCCAGGGGAUUGGAAGUAUUACCAGAACAUUUCCUGGAUUCCAGAGUAUCUGGAAGAAAGAGAAAAGCAAGCACGUCCUUGACUGAUGAUGAAGUGGAAGAUGAAGAGGAGACCAUUGAAGAGGAGGAAGCACACGAAGGGGCCGUCGAUCACCAGACAGAACUUUCUAAUUUAGCCAAAGAAGCGGAGCUGCCACUGACCGACUUGGUGAAGCUGUACGAGGGCGCAUUUCUGCCGAGUUUCCAGUGGCCACAGCCCAGUCCUGACAGUGACGAGACGAGCGAGGACGAAGAUGCCGAGGACUGCCCUGGUGAGGGGGAAAGUCGGAGGGACCUGGUCCUCAUAGACUCACUUUUCAUCAUGGAUCAGUUUAAAGCUGCAGAGAGAAUGAAUGUUGGGAAACCCAACACAAGAGACAUUGCAGAAGUGACAGCUGUGGCCGAGGCUGUCCUGCCCAAGGGCAGUGCCCGGGUCUCAACUGCGGUGAAGUUCAGCGCCCCGGCUCUAUUGUAUGGGGCUCUCAGAGACUACCAGCAGAUCGGCCUGGACUGGCUGGCCAAGCUCUACCGGAAGAACCUCAAUGGCAUAUUGGCAGAUGAAGCUGGGCUUGGUAAAACAGUGCAGAUCAUUGCUUUUUUUGCUCACCUAGCUUGCAAUGAAGGUAAUUGGGGCCCCCAUCUUGUGGUUGUGAGGAGCCAUAACGUGCUUAAAUGGGAACUUGAAUUGAAACGCUGGUGUCCUGGGCUCAAAACCCUCUCCUGGAUUGGCAGCCACAGAGAACUCAAAGCAAAGAGACAGGAGUGGGCCGAGCCCAACAGCUUCCACAUCUGCAUCACGUCCUACAAGCAGUUCUUCAGGGGCUAUGCCUCCUUCUCCCGAGUGAGCUGGAAGUGCCUGGUCAUCGACGAGAUGCAGCGUGUGAAGGGCAUGACCGAGAGGCACUGGGAGGCCGUCUUCACCCUGCAGAGUCAGCAGCGACUGCUUCUGAUCGAUGCGCCACUGCACAACACCUUCCUGGAGCUCUGGACCAUGGUGCACUUCCUCAUCCCUGGCAUCUCCAGGCCUUACAUGAGCUUCCCUCUGAAAACGCCCAGCGACGAGAACCAGGACUACUACCACAAAGUGGUCAUAAGGCUGCACAGGGUGACACAGCCGUUUAUAUUGAGGAGAACUAAAAGAGAUGUGGAAAAGCAGCUGACAAAGAAAUACGAGCAUGUUUUGAAGUGCCGCCUCUCCAACCGGCAGAAGGCCUUGUACGAGGACGUCAUCCUGCAGCCUGGAACUCAAGAGGCCCUGAAGAGCGGGCACUUUGUCAGCGUCCUGAGCGUCCUGAUGCGGCUGCAGCGCAUCUGCAACCACCCGGGACUGGUGGAGCCCCGGCUGCCUCACGCCUCCUACGUGGCAGGGCCUCUGCGGUAUUGCUUGGCCUCUCUGAUUCUGAAGGCGCUGGACAGAGAUUUUUGGAAGGAAGAGUUAAAAAUCUUCCAUCUCCUGGGGUUAGAGAAUAAAAUCACUCGCCAUGAGGCAGAAUCACUGUCUAGGAAGAAGGUGACUCGGAAACUCAUGGAGGAGAUCUUCACCUCACCACCCCCCUCCGCACGGCCGGCAUCUGUGAAGCUGAAGGCGAGCAGGUUGUUUCAGCCCGUGCAGUACGGCCAGAAACCCGAGGGCCGCACCGUGGCAUUCCCCAGCACACACCCACCCCGGACAGCAGCCAGCACCGCAGCCACUGCUGCUCCUCAGGGCCAGCUGCGAGGACGGCCACCAGUUGCCACUUUCUCUGCGAAUCCGGAUGUGAAAGGUGGCGAGGUAGUAAAAAUAGCACAGCUGGCGUCCAUCGCGGGACCGCAGAGUCGGGUCACUCAGCCCGAGACGCCUGUGACCCUGCAGUUCCGGGCACAAGUUCACCUUGUCACACAGCCAGCUCCGGCAGCUCACGCAGCCAGCCUCUGCAGCUCCAAGUGA